AGCGCGCUCUGAGUCUGAUUGGUCAGUGUUGUCCGGGGGGCGUGGCUGUAGCAGUCAUGGCGAUUUUCUCCUACAUCAUGUCUGUUUUGAGACUUUACGCGGUUGGCAUGAAGCUUCUACUUUAUCAGCUCAUCCACAGACCUUUUAUUUCUCCAGUUUUGCCAGAUCAGCAUGGAAAGGUUGCCAUAGUUACAGGAGGAUCACGUGGCAUCGGAUACGAGAUAGUGAAGCGACUCAUAAAUCUGGGAAUGCACGUGAUUAUAGCAUCUCAUGAUGAACAUCAAGGCCUGGUAGUAAUGGAAAGACUUCAUAAAGAAUGCGCUGAAGCUCACGUGGACUUUGAGUUUGUGGAUCUGGCAUCUCAGAGCUCCGUGCGAGAUUUUGUGCGCCGGUUUAAGGAACGAAAACUUCCCUUACACCUCCUCAUCAACAACGGGGGCGUCAUGCUCGUCCCAGAGCAGAAAUCAGACGAUGGUUUAGAGCUUCACUUCUCCAUUAACUACCUGAGUCACUUUCUCUUGACUCGCCUGCUUUUGGACUCACUGGUGCAUUCUGGGACGGAGGAAUGUUCUAGAGUGAUCAGCAUUUGCUCUUCGGCGCACUACGUGUCUGACCGAAACCUGCAGGACUUCCACAGGACGCAGGAUUAUUGCCCUCACGCCUCGUACGCUCGGAGUAAACUGGCGCAGCUUCUCUUCACCUAUCGCCUCCAUCAGGAGCUCCGGAGUGGUGGAUACGCCGUGACCGUGAACGCUGUGGACCCGGGCAUGGUGGACACACAGCUGUACCGCUACAUGAGCUUUCCAGAGAAACUGGUGCUGAAACCUGUGGCCUGGCUGCUGUUCAGGACGCCGGCGCAGGCAGCAGACACGGUCCUGUACGCAGCUGCAUCUCAGGACUUUGAAGGCGUCAGCAGCUGCUACGUUCAUGAAGGAAAACCUGUGAAAUCGUCUCCAGCUUCCUACGAUGCCGAGCUCCAGGAUGAACUGUGGAGAAACACCUGCAGGAUGCUGCGACUGCCAGUUAGCAUAAAUAAAUAAAUAAAUAAAUAAAUAAAUAAAGUCUUUGUUUUAAAAGAUGAUGCAGAAAUCGAAACAUCAGGAAACAUCUGCCCUCAUUUAGAGUCCAUGUGGUCCAACAGUGAAAAAAUACGAAAUCACAGUAUUGUUUAUUUAUAAUAAAGUAAAAGGUGAACUGAGAGUGAACUACAACA